AUGUAUCAGCGAAAUGGGUACCAAGCAGGCACAGCUUCGAAGAACCUUCAGAGGCCUUCUUGCACCAUCUGUGGUACACUUUUUACUUGCGAGGAUAAACUUACUGGUAGUAAGCAAGAUUUGGCGCCGUUGAUCCACGAGCUCACUGGAAUUUCAAUUUUGGUGAUCCGAGGCGAUGUUGGAACAUUCGAAAUCGAUGCCGAAGAGAAAUUUUCUUGGAUGAAAAGUCGCCAGACUAAAUUUGAAGAGGAUAUUGCAUGUUCAAUCCUAGGCCUAUCUGGAACCUCUAUGUCUAUGUCCAUGUUAUAUGUCGAAGGAAAAGAAAAUGCACUUAGAAGACUUGUGAAGGAGAUCAAAAGGCGUGAAAACAUUCGUGCGCCGAGACGAUUACAACCCUUAUAUUCUCAGCCGCUAGGUGCUGAUCAAUUUCGGAUCUUGCAUUUGAAGCCUGGAGUAGUAGGAAACACCAUUAUUGGCAAGGUCUCGGAGCAUAACACUUCAACACCCUCGCAAUACUAUGCUUUGAGCUAUGUUUGGGGACAAGAGCCAUCCCGCACUCUUGCCGAUGACCAGGCUCACUGGAAAUUAUUUACCGUCCCUGGGCCCCAAUCUCAAACUGCCCAACACUUGAUAUCAGCUACCAAACUAGGCAGCGCUUCGGUGUACAAUCUCAGUCGUAACCAGAAGCAACUCUACAAUGCCCAUGGCGGAACAAAAGUUGAUCUUUACGUCGGACGUGGCGUUGACGGUGUAUGCAAUGGAUCAUUACACACCAAAGGAAUAAUCCACGGGGAGAUCAGUCGAAGAUCGACAAGAUUCGCUGAUGCUACGUUGACGGCAGAAGGCCUAGAAUUAGUGGGAACAAUAAGCCCCAGCCGAGUUACAAAUAGUAUACAUGUACUAGAUGCUUGGCGCAUUAUUUACGCAGAUCGCGAUGACAAAGGUGAACCUGCACCGCCAGCCUGUGAUGAAGCAAUGACUAGUAUCUUGAACACUGUAUUCAGCGGCUGCGAUUCCAUUAGUGAGCAGUGUCCGAGCUUGGCCAUUGAUAUUGAAGAGCUUAUUAUGAAUAUCCAAACUCCGGGAACUGUUAAAGCAUACCUCAAAGUUGUUCGAAACAUCGUUUGGAAUCGGCGUUUUUGUCAACGGAAAUUAAGCGUAAGUGCCAGCAACAAGGAGAUGGAAAACAUGUUCGUAGGUCUCGUUCCUCAAAAUGCAAACUAUGGUGAUUCGGUUUGCGUUCUAUACGGCUGUAGUGUGCCAGUGGUACUAUGGAAGUCAUUGAAUCUGCAUGGAGAAGUGCAUUGGCAGUUGACUGGUGAGGCAUAUAUGGACAAGAUUAUGGAUGGGGAAGCAGUCCGGUCAAAUCUAUCCGAGGAAAGUCUAUUUGAGAUCCGGUAG